AUGUCGCUCAUCCAAUCCUUCCGCAACCUCUCGCGCCGCACCCGCAUCGGCGUCGGCGUCGGCCUGCUCGCCUGGGGCGUAAUCGGCCUGCAGCUCGCCGACCGCGCCGAGGAGCGGUACGGGUUCACGCCCACCGAGGCCGACAGGGAGGCCCUCAGCAAGAUGGCGCCCAAGAUCACCACCGUCGAGAGGAAUCAGGACCGGUGA